CAUACACAAUAAAACGUCAACGUCAAGAAAAAAAUAUCGAAGAUAUAGAAAAGGGAAACAAAAGCAUCAUCAUCAACAACAAAUACCAUAAGCGAUGACGACCUUGUUCUGCGUCUCCAAUCCAAUCUCUCACCUCUCCGCAUUUGCUUCCUUGAGGGCCCCGCCCUUCUUCUUCAACUCUCCGGCGCUUCGCAUCCACGCCGGCGGCCGGGAACGGCGGGGCUCGGCGGUGGCGACUCGUGCGGGUCCCAGCACUAGCAGCAUCCUCUUUGCCAUUGCGCUCCCGUCCUCUCUCCUCGGCGUCACCAUUUUAGCUGCACUUCGAAUGGGCGAUAAGCUCGACCGAGACUGGCUUGAAGAGAUGGCAAGAAAUGAAGCUUUAAUGGAACUUGAAACAUAUGAUGACGAUGACAAUGAUGAUAACGAUGAUGUCAGCAGCGAAGAGGAUAGUAUGGAAACUAAUGUGCAAGAAAAGCCUGCCCUUACACAAGCUCGCAAUAGACCCAAAAGGGAAGCUUAAAGUUUCAUCUUGUCUAUAAAUCUAUAUUUUUUUAUCUAGGAUGAUUUUGCUGCAGUAGAUAGAUCAGAAGACUUACAAAUCUAGAGGCAAAGGGGAGAUGUCUUUCUUCAAGCAUCCAAGUUUCCCUCAGUUAAUGUUGCAUCGUUAGCUUGUCAUCAAAUCUAUUGAAAAAAACAAUAAUCAUGUAAGAUGAAUGUAACCUUAUAAAGGAAUACAAUGUAACACAACAUAUUAUUUUUCCAAAUGUAAGUGCUAUUAAUAUAAAAACUUAUACCUCAAUGUCACA